AAAAAAACACAAUUAAAUCAGCUGAUCACAAGAACUUUUAUUAAAUUAUUAAAUCUAUACAAUUCAAGACGUAUCUUCCGAAACAAAAACUUAGUUACAUCAUUUCAUAUGAUAGCUAUAACUGCAUCUUAAUAACUGAAACCAACCCCAAAAAAGAAUGUCGUCUGUUGUUAACGCAGCCAUACAAGAAACCGAAGAUCCUGUCGAGCAGAUGCUUAAGAAAACUGGUUGCAUUCAAUUGCAUUAUAAAGUACAAGAGUGCAUAGCGGAAACAGGGGAUUGGCGCCGCUGUCAAGAGGUGGUAAAAGAUUUUAAGCAGUGCAUGCAGAAGUAUACCGAGCAACAAAUGCAAAAAUACGCCCACACAAAGUAA